CUCCUUGGGACGGAUUCCAGAAACAACAAACUUCAUUAUAGUCCCUCUUUUCUAUAUUGCUCUCUCCAGAACGACAUGAGCAAUGGCGGAGGCGAAGGAGUAGCCGGUGGAGGAGGGGGAAGCGCACAAAUAGGCGGAGGAAGUCUUCUCCGAAGAAUUGCUUCGACAGGUGUGAUCGCUGGAACUGUGCUAUUGUCGAGGCUAUUCCUGUACACUACGCAGACGGUGGAGUACGAAGGUCUGGACAAGUUCCUAGUGUUGUUAAGGAGUCGACGGGAGGUUUCGGGGAGGAGACAAGGGCUGGUUACUGUCUCGAACCACAUCAGCGUCCUCGACGACCCCCUCCUCUUCGCCCCCCUCCCCCUCCCCCUCCUCCUACACCCUCCAUCGAUCCGCUACUCCCUAGGCUCCCACGACGUCUGUUUCCGCAAUGCCCUAACCUCAACGUACUUCGCCCUCGGGCAAGUCCUUCCAACCUACCGUCUGCACAAGUCCCCUCUCGGCGGCCCCUUCCAGCCCGCCAUCAACACCUCCAUCGCCCUCCUCUCCCGCCCUCACCACGCAUGGGUGCACGUGUUCCCCGAAGGCCGCGUGCACCAGAAGCGCAAUUACCAGAUGCGCUACUUCCGCUGGGGCGUUAGUCGCUUACUCCUCGAAGCGGACGUGCCCCCCCUUGUCGUGCCGAUAUUUAUUGCUGGGCUGGACGAAGUCAUGCAUGAGGCGCGCAGAUGGCCGAGGUUUCUGCCGAGGGUUGGGAAGAGGGUUCGGAUUUGCUUUGGCGAUCCGGUCGAUGGGAGCAGGUGGGAGGGUUUGAGGAGGGAGUGGAGGGAGGUUGUGCACGAGUGCGGUGGUGAUGGGGAGAGGCUUAGGUGUGCGGAUAAAGCGGUGGAGCUGAGGGCUCGCACCGCAUGGGAGGUUAGGAUGGCUGUUGUUGAGCUCAGGAGACGGUUGGGGUUUCCCGAGGAGGAGGAGGGGGCGGGCUUGGUGGAGACUUACAAAUUGCCUGGGAUGCGGGAGGUGCAGGGUAAGUUAUCGGAUGGGGCAUGGGAGAGGGAUGGUGUUUAAAUUUUUUUGGGGGGGGGUUCGGUUUUUCUUACUGUGUUAUACACACCUGGGUAGAUGGAUACACUAUACUUGUACACACAUAGAUUGGCUGGGAUGGGAUAGAGAUCGAUACUCCAACAGCACCACCGCCACCACCACUAUAAUAAUCUAGAUAUACCAACCAUCAUAGGCAGCGUACAUACAAGAAAGAGGAAAAGGAAGAAAAAAAGAAAAGGGAAGAAAAAAAAAACCCCCCCGUCAUAAUGUCAUUACCACUAACUACCAAAGGAAAACGAAAUGCUAACGCCCGAGCAUCUAAAAAACAUUCACACGGGCAUUACCAUACUAUACCAGACAAACAAACAAGAACCACCCCAUCGCGCACCAUCACCGAAGUCCAGGCGAGAGACAAAAAACACGACACUCAAGACACAAAACCUUAAACAAAACACUUCCCCCCAAGGCAUCGUGUAAAGUUUAAUGAUAUGAGAGAAUGAUAGAAGGGGGGGAGGGGAAAUCUUGUACAAACGCUCGACUUGAGCAUUAUUGAAGAGCCGAGGAAUACUCCGGUAACUACGGUACGAUAAUAUACGAGGAGGGUAAAGAAAUAGAUAUCAAGAGUAUUGGGGAAGAGGAUGGAGGGGAGGGGGAGGAGGGGAGAGGAGAGAUGGAUAAGGAGAAGCAAGGAAAAA